AUGAGCUUACAAGUUGAACCUAGUAAACAUACUUCUGAAAGCAUUGAAGAUCUUAUGAAAUUGAUUAAAGAAAGAAUAAUCAGUGCUCUUCCGAAAUGUUUAUUUUGUGAUCAUCAAAUGGAUCCACUCGGUGAAAUUGAUCAUUUGAAUAGGUGUGUAAACGCUUCUCGAAAUGAUAAAGAUCAACAGUUACUUGAUAAAGAUCAACAGCUGCAUGAUAAAGAUCAACAAAUAGCUCGCCUCCUACAACUAUUAAACAUUUCAGCUGCAACUCAAUCGACAUCUUCAGCCACAACUUCAACAACCUCAACCACAACUACAACUUCAACACCCAAAUCAAAUCAAUCAAAAUCCGAUCUGAAACAAAGAAGAAAUGAACAGGAUAAUAUAAAGAAAACCUUAGACAACUAUGCAAAUUCAAGGUUAAAGUGUUUUAAUAGCGCUCCAAUUAGAGAUGUGAUAACCGGAAAUAUAGUUCAAGGUGGAAACGCAGUUUGUCAAUCACCAGACGCCACUCUAAUGCUCAAGGUUUUAGUGUCCAUUGGCGAUGAAAAGAUAGUUUAUUGCCGGGCAGCUCAUUGUCACAAGGAAGAGUCCAUUAAUUUCCUCAAGAAAUCAUAUCCUGUCUUGGAACAGAAUGUCCCGAUUACUCUCGUUAAUUUACCUCAUAUAAUAUUAUCAAAGAUUGUCGAGAAUUUAAAUGACAAUAUAGAUAGAAUAUUUGUAACAUUAGUUUGUAAAAAAUGGUAUGAUGAAAGAUCUAAAUAUCUAUCUUUUAAUAUCAAAAAUUUCAACAUGAUAGAUAAUGAUCAUGAUCAAAUCUAUUUAAACUCUUAUAGAUCACUAUUAGUGAAUUCUAUUAGUCAAAAGAGUAAUUGUAGUCUUGUUGUUAGUUCAAAGAGAUAUAACAAUGAUUAUCUAAUCACUCUAGGUAAAUAUAUUUUAAUCUACAAAAAAGAAGUAAAUAUAACAAUCAUUAAUAAAGUAAUAAACUUAGAUCAAUUGUAUGAUUUUGAGAAUAUUCAAUCAAAUAUCAGUAAAGUCAUUUUAAACAAUGCUAUCAUAGAUCGUUCCAUUAAUGAUGAAGAUGCUUUUAUUAUUUUCGAAAGAUUCUAUGAAGCCAUUUCACAAUCAAAUGUAACCUAUUUGAAUGGUUAUCAAUCACUAAUUUACAAACUACCGGUUAAUUUGAAAAAAUUAAAAUUCUCAAAUCGUUUUAAUCAGGCAUUGGUACCUGGAUGUCUUCCACCGAAUUUAGAAUCCAUCGAUUUCGGUCAUUCUUUUAACCAACCAAUUGAAAAAGGAGUUCUUCCCAACACACUCAAGAAACUAAGUCUUGGAGAUUCAUUCAAUCAAUACUUGGUACCAGGAGUAUUACCAGAAUCAUUGAAGGUUCUAAAGUUCACAGAAGUAAAUUUUCAAGACAUUCUACAAAUUGGAUCUUUACCUUCAAAUCUCGAAAUUAUCCAGUAUUCUGGACACCAUGCACCAAUUGGAGAAGGGAUAUUACCAAAUUCACUUCAACAAUUGAUAUAUGUACCUAUCUCUUGGGUUCCAGCAAUCAAAUUACUCACAAACUUGAAAGUAUUGAAAUUCUAUCAGUACAGGGAAGAACCUGGAUUAACAUUGGAUUUAAACCAUUUACCAUCAUCUCUGACCGAAUUGGAUAUUCGCAAUAAGGUCAAGCUAACUUCAGUCAUUUCACCUUCGAUCAGAUGUCUGGAUAUUGAAAAUUCAGAAUAUGAUAUCAAUGAGAUAUUUAUGAACGAUAGAUCAUUGUAUCACUUUGAAAACCUCAUGGUAAUGGUUAAUUCUCUCAAAUCGAAAUCAUUGGACAAUUUGAAGAUAGAUACACUAUUCCUUAGUAGUAGAGAAGAUGCAGAGGAACAAGAGAUUACAAUCGAUCUAAUUCCAUUUGGAGUAGAAACAUUGAAACUCGAUUUAUAUCAAAUCAAGCUCAAAUACCCAAUUCCACCAUCUGUUAAGAAGUUGUUUGUAUUUAAAUUCGACGGUAGAUCUCCUGCAUUGGAACAUAUAAUAGAAGCUGAUGCCAUACCAAGGUCUGUCGAAGAAUUUGUUGUUGAAAAUCACUAUGGUCACCUCGAAGAAUUCAACUUUAACAAUUUUCCACAAACAAUUCAAUCAUUAACUCUUCCAUCACAAACCAUUCCAAAAAACAUCAAACUUCCUAACAAUCUUAUUCUGAGUCCAAACGAUUAUGAAAAAUUCAACAUUCGUAAGCUUGAUGAUCAUCAUUAUAUCUUGUUAUGCCAACAACCAUAUAUCAUUGCCUCAAUUCUUAAUGAUUCUCAACUUUCUAAAUUGAAUAUUCAAACCCUUCAAUUAUUAUUUUUAAACAAUAAAUCUAUAAAAAAUAAAUUAUAA